CAUAAUUUUUCAUUGUUUUUUUAUAUUUUCUGUCAGCGAAAAAUCUUUACGACAGAUAAGCAAAAUUUGAAAACGAUAAAAUAAUGAAAAAGAAAAAAAAUAAAAAACAAGACGUGAAAAAUAAAAAAACAAUAUUGACAGAGCAACAAUAUUUAACUCGAGAAAUUAUAAUGGCCAUAAAAAAUCUAAAACCUUCUUAUUGGAAUUGGAAAAAUAUAAUUAUGAAACUAAAGAUGCUUGAGAUGAAAGACAACGUCGAGGUCAUUAAAAACACGUUUGACCACGCCCUGGACAUGAAACAGUACCGGGAGAAUUUAUUAUUGUCGUGUUUAAAUGAAUGUAAAAAACAAUAUCAAGGAAAUGUCAAUGAGCAUCUAAGGAUAAUUGGAUUGCUUGAGAGUAUUCAUGAAUAUAAAUUGAAUACAGCGCUAAAUAAUUAUGGACUGAUUUUGAAUUUGCUCAUUGAAGAAUUCGGGGUUAGCUUUGAAAAAUUAUGUAGCUUACAAAAUGAUGAUGAAAUAUUUAUUCACUCUAUUUUAUUUGAAGAACAACAUAAAAUGAAAAUAACUCUGCAUGAUACGAAAAGUGAAAUGUUCUACAAACUCGAAAAUAUUAAACGUAACGGUGACGACAGAUCGAAAAUAGCUCUAGUCCAUUUAGAAAAAAAAGUAUCUUCAGCCUGGAACUUCUUAACGACGAUUCUUUCAAACUAUUCUAAGGAUAACCAAUACCGUUACCUAUCUUAUGAAAAUCUAAAUAAAAAAGAUAAAAAAAGUAAAGAAAUAAUUGUUCAGCAAUUUAUACAAAUCACUGAAUUAAUUGAUUUCAUCACUUUAUUUCAAAGUAAACUUAUAAAGUUUCAUUCCCAUGAAAAAAUUUCAAAAAUUAUUUUCGAAAAAAAUUUGCUCGUUAAUGAUUAUGCCUUCAUGGAAAAACGUUUUAUUAAAGAGCGGAAAUUGGAUAAACUUCAAUUAAAUUUAUUAGUAAAACAGUACAAUUGCACUAUGAAAAAGUUAAAAAAUUUAACAAAGAAAAGUCACGAUAUGUUAUUCCUCAUUCGGGCAUGUAGAAAGUUUCAAGUUAACUCAGAGAAAUUACUUCCCGUUCAAUGCAACCAAUUGAAUUACUUUGAAUUUUUUUGGUACAAAGUUAAUACGGCAAUCGUACUAAUGAAUAAUUUAAAGCAAGAAAAAAUAAUUUUACUUCAAGAAUGGGAGCAUUUAUGUAAAUGUUUAAAAUUUCGAAUAAUGAACUAAUUCAAAACCUUUUUAAAAAUCAACAUAAAAAAAUUUUUUAGUUAUUUAUUUAAGCCUGUACAAAAAAAGUUCACUUUAAUGUUAAA